AAACAAUAAAGUUUGGAGAAAAAAAAGGCAUAAGUAACUUAUAGUAAAGUGUUGUGAAGUAAAAACAACUAAAAAGACACGAAAAAAAGAAAGAAAGAUGUAUCAUACAAGGAAGUGGGCAACUGUAUGGUGAGAGGAAAGAAGUUAGGAUAAAAGAGCUUGAGGGGUGUCUGUAUGAUGUGUAAGCAUGUAUCUGUAUGACUGGGUGUAACCGCUGGUAACCAGGCAGGGAUGGACCUGGUCUCAUGGGGAUGUGGAGAGGGAGUGACUUAAUCAGCUUUGAGUCUAACUAGAGAAUAACGCGCGCGCGCGCACACACACACACACACACACACACACACACACACACACACACACACACACUCAUAAGGAGAUAUGUAUGACUGAUGGAAACUAAAGCGCAGAGAAGUCGUCCCUGCUAGGAAACCACAGAGCAAACCUUGCAGCACAACCAGCUCAGACACAUUUGCACCAGCUGCGGUUCUCUCACUGUUGCUGCUGAUCCAGUUAACGAACAUGGCUUCUGAUAGAUUUUAGCAACACAGCUCAGAGAUGUUUAGCUUUUUAAAAGUCUGGAUUAUUUUACUGAUUCAUAAACUGCAGACUCAAGUGCUUGAAAGGACCUUAAGCCGUGGCGGUGCCAUCGUACUACAAAGAAGUGGGAUUAUUAUGUGCCAGCUUGAAAGUACAAAAUGUAUUUUCCUGUUCUGCCUGGGCAUUAGUAUUAUUAUGUGUUCGGUCAUUUAUUUGAGGACUAAAAUGCCAGCAGAGGAAAAGACUCUACACCCUACAAGCUGCAGACAGUUUGCCUCUGAAUGUCGCCCUUUUCUGCCUGAGAGAGUAGAGUGGUGCCAGAGCAAUCACCAGGUUGGAAGAUACAUCCUCAACAGUCAUCUCCAGUGUUCAGAAAUGAUAAGAGACUUGCACUUCAUCACAAGACCUCUAAGUCAAGAUGAAGAGACUUACCCUUUAGCUUUCAUAGUGACUGUUCACAAGGACCUAGAACUUUUUGUUCGCAUGCUGCGAGGCAUUUACAUGCCACAAAAUGUCUACUGCAUUCACAUAGAUGCAAAAGCUCCACAGGAGUACAAGGUGGCCAUACGGAGGCUCGUCGAGUGUUUUCAUAACGUGUUCCUCUCCAGCCGCAGUGAGACGGUGACCUAUGCUGGGUUUUCUCGCCUGCAAGCUGAUCUGAACUGCAUGAAGGACCUCGUAAAGUCUAAAAUAAACUGGAGGAAAGUGGUGAAUCUGUGUGGGCAGGAUUUCCCCGUUAUGAGCAACCUGGAGUUGGUGCAAUACAUGCAGAGCAAAGAGUGGAGGGACAAAAACAUGACGCCUGGGGUGAAACAGCCAGAGUCCAUGAGGUACAGGACACAAAGCCACUACCACGAGAACGUGGUUUUAAACAUCGCUCAGAGAAUGCUAGGGCAGAAGAAAGCUCCUCCCCCUCACAAUCUACAAAUUUAUUUUGGAACGGCUUACUAUGCCCUCACUAGGGCUUUUGUGGACUUUGUUCUGGACAGCCCAAAGGCCCAAGACCUUUUGGAGUGGUCCAAAGACACUUUCAGUCCAGACGAACAUUACUGGGUGACACUCAACCACAUAAAAGAAGCCCCAGGGAGCCAUGCUGACGGAGGUUGGGAAGGAGCUAUCCGCGCAAUCAAGUGGGGGGACCAAGAAGGAACAAAACACGAUGGUUGCAGAGGCCAUUAUGUACGAAACAUCUGUAUCUUCGGACUGAAAGACCUCCCAUGGAUCAUCAACAGAAACGACAUGUUUGCCAACAAGUUUGAGAGUAAUAGCUAUCCGGAAGCACUGGACUGUCUGGAACAGUGGCACAGGAACAAAGUGCUGAAACAGGCAACUGUUCCUAUAGAGGCAUCGUGGCUGCUGGCCAAACAAGUAACCUCAAGAAACAUCCUCUCCUAUAACAGCACUGCUGGAGCAUGAAAUCACUGCUCGUGUCCUAAACUAUCUGUGGAAGGCUGUUUGCUCUUGCUUACUGGUUAUAUUUUUACAAAACAUGAUUAAGAGAAAAUAGAGCUGAGAACAGCUGGAUGACUGCACUUUCCCUUUUAAACAAUCAAAUUUUCUUUAUAUAGCGCCUUCUACUGCGGGAGCCCAAGGUGCCGGACACAACACCACAAAAAUAAAAACAGACAAAUAACAGGUCUAAGUUAAAAAUGGUUAAAACAAUAAAAUUACACAAAAGCCAAAUGAUAAAUCAAGACAUGUUUAUCUAUUUAUGAAACUGAAGUACUGUUAUUUAUAUUGUUUAUGUUAUGUAGAUAAUUAAACAUCUAAAGAGUUGAGCAUUUACUUUUUUAUUGUCCUGUUAGUGCAAUGCCCAUGGCUGUUUUACAAUACAAAUAGUUAGAAAAGCAAAUAUACGCUGCAAAAACAAAAUGGACCAAAACAAGAAACAGAUUCCAGCUAAAGCAUGCUCAGUACAUUUUCCUCCUGUACAAGUGGCGUUCCCAUAAGGAUCUAUUUAAAACCACUUGUAAUUUGUUAUUGUUAAAAAAUACCACAGUUAUUUUUACCUCGUCUAUUUCUUUUAAUACUUAAUGGUUAGAAAUCCAAAAUGGAAGCGGGUAGAGAUGCUGAAUCCUAUGUGAUAACUCAAUAAAAACUCAAAUUAUUUCCCACAAGAGAAUUCCAGUGAAAUGUUUUGUUGUUGUUUUUUCUGAGAAGCUAUAAAGAAAGAAUGCAGCAAUGAUCCCACAAUCCCACUCAAUCAAAGACAAGAUGGAAGACUGUUGCCCAAAUGCUAAGGAUAGUUUGUACAUGGGAAACCGAUCACCCUAAAAACCACAAAAACGAAGAGGUCAGAACCUAAAAUAGGUUUUCCUUCCAAGACAUUCUCAUGCGUAUGCAACUGAUCUGAAAAUGAUUAAAGAGAAGAACUACUAUUUGAAUUACUCAUACAAGUGGUUAUUCAGGUAGGUUAAGUAAUCAUCGUGGAAGUACAUGAAAACCUGUGCCCCCUGUUAGCCAUUUGUUUUCUUAUAAACAGCACUUGGGACAUGCCAUAAUAACAAAAAGAUAAAAACUGUAUGUUAAAACUACUAAAACUAUUAGUUUUUGGCCGACAACAUGAAGAAAAACUGAGAAUAUGAUAGCUUACUUUAUGGCAGAUUUCCGUCUUGACCUCCUUCAGGGCCCUCUCUGAAAACACACAGCCACAGGUCUGCAAGUAACAGAACCUGCAAAAAGAAAUGAUGACAUUUAUUUAUCAGGCCAAUGAAAUAAACCUAAACUUCAGAAGCCAAACUGGUACAUAUGUAUGUUUCCCCAAACCUCAAAACAAUACUUCAUAUAUGUAAUUAAUAAUAAACAGCGAUGGGAAUAACGGCCUUUAAACCAAAAUCAGUUUUUCAAUGACGAGUAAUCUAAUUAACUACCGUCGUCUUUUGUCAUAACGCCGUUUCUGUUACUGAUAAGGAAAUGUGUGUUACUAUAAUUCAGCAGCGCGGUGUGUUAGCUAAAGGGGCAGAUGUUCGCAUCCAAGCGCAUCACAGCCAGUGAUGAACGAGGAAGACGUGAAGAAUGGUCUACGGCUGCAGACCCAGAGACCAGCAGAUUCGCUGCUGCAGGCGUGAAUCUGCAGCUGUACCCUUCUUGGCGUGACAGCGGGAUUUCCCGAAGGUCCGCUCACCAGUUCACUGCUCACACAUCAGUUAAUUAUUUCCUCAUCACGAUCUUCUAUCUUCCUUGAAAAUCUAACUGAAACCUGUUCCUGAUCAUUUCCUUAAUCCUGCUGUAACGCUAAUUGUAUCAGUCUAAGACGUCGUAGGCCAUCGGGUGUUACUAGAAUUUACUUUACCACGCAGCUUCAGCUUUUCUGUGUUUAGUUAGUAAAUUUAAGUUCUUCAUCAGAUUUGUGCCUUUUCUGGUCAUUUUUGAGGAUUUUUAUUUGCAGAUAUACCAUUAAUAGAUUAUGAGCUAAAGAAAUGCUAAUGAAAACACACGAUUAUGUGAAAGUGGAAAAAUUCAAAUACAAUGCAAAAUUACAUUUACUUCAAUAAUUCAACUUAGACCGAGAGACCAUUUAAAGGCUCAGGAAUCCUUUACAACAGGGCUAUUCAAUUCCGGGCCUCGAGGGACGGUAUCCGACAUGUUUUAGUUUAACCCUGCUUCAACACAUCUGAUUUCAAUCAGCAGGUGAUUAACAGGCUUCUGCGGAGCCUGAUGAGCUGCUGCACAAGUGACUCAACCACUCAAUCAAGUGUGUUAGACCAGAGAAAUCACUAAGCUGGAGACUGGCCCUCGAGGCCCGGACUUGAAUAGCCCUGCUUUACAGGUUUUUCUAAUUGCAAUUACAAAUUUGAUUUGAUUGGGGGUUUGUUAAAUAUCAUACCGUGAUGUUUGAAUAGUUUAGAUCAGCGUAAUGUUCCUUGUUUGUAUUUCCUCCUGUUAAGUGCCCUUUUAUUUCACUUUUUCAGUUUUAUAAUAAACAAUCGGACAUUUUAUUAUGUUCCAGUCUAUAUUUAGUCAUUCGUGUUUUAGUAUUGCAGUAAUUUAUAGAUAAAUAAGUAAGUUUCAUUAAGAGGGGAUCUCAUUUUACUUGCAUAUUUUAAUGAAAAAUGUAACAAAAUAUUUUUUGUUGUAAUU